AUGUGGGUUCAUAAUCAUGCCUCGGAAUUGCAUGUUAACCGGGAUCGUAUCGCUGUGAUGGGAGAGAGCGCUGGAGGUGGAUUGGCCGCAGGUCUUACGCUCCUCGCAAGAGACCGUGAUCUCAUGCCCAAGCUGGCGAAACAGAUUUUGAUCUAUCCAAUGCUCGAUGAUCGAAUAUGUACAGACUACACAGGGGGCUUGUGUUUUUUUGACCUCGACGAUGCUAUUACAGCAUGGGCCGCGUACCUCGGCAAAGAGAUGGGAACAGAUCGGGUCUCACCAUACGCUGCACCGGCGCGGGCAAGGACUGUGAGCGGCCUCCCACGACUUUAUCUUGAGUGUCCCCAAUUAGACAUUUUGCUUUUAGAAAAUCUGCGAUAUCUUCAGAUGUUUGUUGAUGCAAAAGUACCCACAGAGUUCCACUUACUAGAGGGAUUACCACAUGGCUUCAUCAGCCUUGCGCCGACAGCGAUGGUCAGUGAAACUGCGAUCAGGACCCGAAUCAGAGCCAUGACAACCUUUUAG